AUGAGCGACGCUGUUGCCCACGCUAACCAGGGCGAAUUCAAGCCUUCGGUCCAUUCCACCGCCCCUAUGGAACAGGAAGGCCACCAGCCAGGCCGCAAAGUCGCACCGGCAGACCACAGGCCCGAAUACCGUGCCGAAACUUUCCCUCCUGGCACUGCCCCAGCCAGCAGCUCGUACCAGCCCAACCCGGUCAGCGACCCUGGUAGCCAGGCGCUGAACCCGCUCACAGACCGCGCCCACGGGAAGGAGAAGGUCUUUACGUCCGCCGGGUUGACUUUACGCGGCGCCACGUCGCAGGACGUUCACAGGGGUCUAGGCCACCCGGGAUCCGGUAUGACAAACACCGAGAUCCGCCAUGAUGGUCAACACGGGCGGAAGCACCAGAGCCACAGCCUUGAAGGUGUCGGCGCGACCAGGGAGGACAAGUAUGAGCGUGCUCUGCCCGACCAGCGCGGCAUCGAGCGGGAGGAAGCAAUGGGUGGCCAACAUGGGAACAAGGGAGUGGCCGAGGAGCUGCUUUCUACCAGUGCGGAGACGGUGGCCCACGAAUGGAAGUAUGAACCUGGCACGAAGAGAGGCCAGUCGCAUAUCAAAUGA